GGUAGAGUGAUGGAAGGACUCUGGCGUAUAUAUACUCUUUUGGAGAGUUGGAUCCAUCAUAAUCAUGUAUUUGGCUCGUUAAUCCAGUGCCUCCAGACUGUUGCGAACAGGUUACUAGUAUGGGAUCAUACAAAAGCCCGUUGGUCUCAUGUAACUAUCCAACGCGUCACUUGUAUCGAAAAGGCGAGCGAGUGCGGGAGAGGAGAGGGAAAAGCUCGAAGGAUAGAGCUACAUAAGGAACAAGAAACUUGUAUCGAAAAGGCGGGAGAGGCCGGACGGAUCACAGGGUUAGGGGUGACAUUCUCCAGCCAACGAUAUCUAUCUACACCCAGUCAAGAUCCCCCUUGA